UCAGCGAGUAGUCAAUAAUACUGAGAUUUGAUAUUUAGGUUUAAUUUUUAAAUCGAUUGUAAAAUAAUUAAGUUGUACCCUAUAUUCAUGUUUAUUCGUGUAGGAAAAGCGUUUUAGUGUAAAUUUUGUUGUUGAAUGCUAUGUUCUUGUGUGGAUAAAUUUUACUCGUUGAGUAGCAAUGGAGUACACAAUGCAGAAUUUGGAAUAUGCGGUGUCCGUAUUUUAUAACGGCGAGCAAGCGGAACGAGCAAAAGCUCAUACUUGGUUGACUGCCGCACAAAGGGUGCCUGAAGCUUGGAAUUUUGUAUGGGACCUGCUGCAACCUACUAAGGGAACAGAGAUUCAGUUUUUUGCAGCUACUACAUUGCAUACAAAGAUUCUACGUUGUUGGAAUGAACUGCCGCCUGAAAGUUAUGAAGAAUUAAAAAAUAAAUUAUUGCAGUCUGUUAUUAUUUACGCAAAUGGACCAAAAAUAGUCACAAAUCGUUUAUGUAUAAGUUUGGCAGCUUUCAUUCUCCAGAGAGGUUCGGAAGAUCUUCCAAGCACACUUGUUCCAUUAUCAUCCACGCAGAAUUCUUCUUUGCUUCUGGAAGUCCUUACUGUAAUUCCCGAAGAAUAUAACAGUAUGACAAUGGGAACGUCACUAAGAUCAAAGAACCGUGCUGCAUUGCAUCAAGCUUGUUCCAUGGUAAUGGAUGACAUGCUAAGGAUUUUACAGACAGUUUACAAUGAUUUUAGUAGCAGUCCGCCUAGCGAUGAAAUUAUAUCCUCAUGGACAAUGGCAGCUACGUGCGCGGCAAGCUGGCUCUCGCUGGGAAGUGACGAAUCGACAGACUCACCAAUUUCUUUCUCUGACAGAUCACCUAUGUUGCGAGCUCUUCAAACAGCUGUGCAUGUUUUGUAUGUGAGCAACGGCGUAGUGAGCGGGUCCGCGCUGGAGGCGUGCGAGGCGUGCCUGUCGGCGGUGCGCGUGGCGGGCACGCACGGCGACGCGCACCACCACCGGCGCGCCGCGCGCGUGCUACUCACCGACCUCGCCAGCCUCGCCGCGCCCGCCAUGGCCGACAACAACGUGCCCGACUCGGUCAAUGAGGAAUUUUUGUGCGCCUUGAUCACUUGUUGCGUGGCUGUGGCCGAAUGUCACGCGGGAACAUUGGUGCAAAUGGUGCAAGAGGGUGGAGGGGGUGAGGAAGGAUCCAGCGGGGAGGUGUCCGGGGCAGGGGGCAAGCUCCUCUUGCAGCUGCUGAUGGCGGCUCAAGCGGCGCCCGGUUUCUACCCACUGCAUGAGACAAGAUCCAAUCUGCUGUUUGGCUUCUGGUACACAUUGCAGGAUGAGGUACUGAACGUGACGGAUGGUACAGAGAAAAUGCAACCGAUAUGGCGGGAAGUUUUCUCGCAGCUGCUAGUUACUUUAAUAACGAAAUCCGAAAUGCCGCCAGACUCGGAACUAUCGCAGGAUGAUCAAGAAUUGAUAAGGUGCUAUCGGCAGGAUAUUGGAGACGCAAUUAUGUACUGCUACGCGGUGGUGGGCGAGUGGUGCUGGGUGGUGGUGGAGCGCGCGUUCACGGGCGCGCACACGGAGCCGCGGCGCGAGGCGGUGCUGCACGCGUUCGCGGCGCUCGCCGACGUGGCGCGGCACGGCGUCGUGCCCGCCUCGCUGCCGGCCAUGCUGCGCCACGCCGUGCAACUCGUCGCCGACACCGCCGACCGCCGCACGCUCGACACCGCGCUCGACUGUAUCGGCACGUACGCGUCGUGGAUAUGCUGGCUGGAGGCGGAGGAGGCGGCGAGCGCGGCGGGCGAGGAGCCGCUCGGCAUGCAGUGCGUGCGCGCGGCCGGCGCGGCGCUGGCGCGCAGCCCCGUGGCCGCCGCGCUGGCGCUGCGCCGCCUCGCCUGCGACUGCGCCGCGCCCGCCGCCGCGCUCGUGCACGACAUCGUGCACGCCGCCCUGAGCGCGGAGAGCACGUCGGACGCGUGGGUGCGGCGGCAGCUGACGAGCGCGGCCAGCGCGGCGCUGGCGGCCAGCGAGCCCAGCACCGCCGCGCCGCUGCUCGCGCGCCUCGGCCAGCACAUCGCCGAGCAGAUCGCCAUACAGUCGCAGACGGAGGGCGGCGGCACGGUGGCGGCGGAGUGCGGCGCGGCGCUGAUGACGGGGCUGAGCCACCAGCGCGUGCUCGCCGCGCAGCUGCUGCGCACGCUGCUGCCCAUCCUCGCCGCCAUGCCGCAGCGCCCCACGCUCGUCGAGCCGAUGUUUCUAGUCCUGAAGCAAACAGUGACAACAAUGAUGGGAGAUUGCGCGCCCUUUAUAGAGCAGAUCUCGCAGCUCACUAUCACAGCUUUUAACACACAGCCCUGUGUUAUUGGCUUGGAUGUUGUCAAACUUCUAGUGCUGAUGGUGGGCGAGGAGUGCCCGCAGGUGCCGGCGGUGCUGCGCGCGGCGGUGAGCGCGACGGCGCGCGCGCUGGCGCACAGCCUCACCGCCAGCGUCGCGCCGCCCAAGUUCCAGCGCCCGGACAUGGUGGAGACGCUGUUCCUCAUGCUGCACAUGCUCAUGAGGAAGAAGCCCCAAAGCAUCGACUGGAUUGAGAACUUGGUGCCGGAGCUCGUGCAGCUGGCGUGCACGUGCGUGCGCGUGUGGGAGGCGCACGCGGCGCGCUCGGCCUGCCUGUUCCUGAGCGCGCUGGCGGCGCGCAGCCCGCGCGCGCUGCGCGACGCCGCGCCCGACCUCACCUACGCCGUGCUGCGCUGCAUCGGCGGCAGCAGCCCCCGCAACCAGCUGGAGCCGCUGGCGGAACUGCUGCUGGCGCUGAACCGCGCGGCGUGGGGCUCGGGCGAGCUGGCGGCGUGGCUGCGCGCCGCGCUGGCCGCGCCCGACUUCCCCUCGCGCCACGCCACGCCCGCGCACAAGCACCGCUUCAUCGACGCCGUGCUCAGGGAAAAGAACAGCAAACGAAAGUUACUAGAGUCGGUGCACGAAUUCUCGCUCGCGUGCCGCGGGAUAGUUGACACGGAAUAUGCGAAGCAGAGCAUCGCGUCGAAACAAUUAGUCACAUAAAUGUUUUGUGGUUACCAUGGCAACAUGAGAUAAAAUAAUAAUUAGUUAUAAUCUAUGUUGGCAGAAUUUUAAAUUCUCAAUGUUCUCAUACUAUUUAUUUCAAGUGUCUGAUAGUUAAGAAUUCGCCAUCGUGAUUGAUACGCUGUUAUGUUUUAUGCACAUAACGUUAACAUCGUACGCACAAUGUUUUUCCUUGUUCAUUGUUUUGUUUGUGUAAUUAAAAGCAAGAAAAUGUGUGAAACCAUUUAAAUUAGAUUUUUGUCUUUACGUUGUAUUCCUAUCUGUAAUAUUUUGUAUUAUUUGUAAAUAUUGGUUAUGAAUUGUAUAGAGGCAUGACGCGAUGCACCGUCAGAGAAAAUAGAACUACUUCUACUAUGUUAUGAAUAUACAUUGCUUCUUACGUUCUCUGGGUAUGCCUAUGAUGUACAGAAAUUAAACUUGUGUAAACAUUACUUUUGUAACCAAGCUGUAAGUUGCUAUUACACGUAAUUAGACAGAAUUCAUACCGUACUCUUGUAUGGUAAAUGCGUAAGAUGUACUUUGUAAAAAUAUGUAUUGCUAUUUUACCAGAUUGAAUUUACAUUAUAGAACUCAUUACUGCCUACUUUUUAAUUACUGUCAACAUCUUAAUACAGUGCAACCUCGAUAUAACAAAUCGGAAGGGAACAAAUAAAUAUUCGUUAUAUCAAGUA